GAUGACCAUGUACGGUUCUCUGUGAUGUUGAUUCCCAGGAACCUGCUCCAGCUCAGCUCCACUGAUAUAAACAGGGGAGUGUGUCUUUGUUUUUUUUUUCCUAAAAUCAACACUCAGCUCCUUGGUUUUGUUGACUUUGAGCAGUAGAUUUUCUGUGCACCACCUUGCAAGAUUGUUUAUUUCCUCCCGAUAAGAAAUCUCAUCAUUGUUUGAAAUCCAGCCGACCAUGGUGGGAGUCAAAAGGAUGGAUAGGAUGGGAGGGAGGAGAUAAAGAGUGGUUUAUGUUAUAAUUAGGAUCAUAGGAGGUUCUACUGCAUGUGUUUUUUUCUUUUCUUUUUCUCUUCGAAUUACUUACACUUUUUAUUAUUAUAUUUAUUUUGAUGUCACUAUGUGAAUGUAAAUGUAUGUAUAUUUAUACUGCAUAUGGGAUUACCAUAGUGAAUAGAUGCAGAAAUGUUAUGCCAAUUCAUCAAAAUAUUUAAAUUUGUUGUCUUAGAUAUGUAUCUGCCACAAUGUAUGUAAAUGGUAUUUUUUGGGUCACAAAAAAUUUAUUUGAUGAAGCAAUACCACAAUUAGGACAAUGUUUCCCAUGAUGUCACGUCUCAUCUCUUCACUUAUAAUAUUUUUCCAGUGCUCAUAUAUUGGGCUGGGCAUGCAUCACAACCAUUUAACCUUUAACACAUAAUUUAAUGAUCAGUUAUGACCAAAUUUUAGACUAAGUGCUGAUAAAAGACCGAAGAACAUUUGGAAAUAAUAAAGAAUUUAUUGAUUUCUAAUGGCACCUUUAGAUAUUUCAAUUCAUUUCUUUACUAAUGUGUCACAGUAAUGUCAUUUUUUUAAGUUAAAAUGUGUUAAUUUGGGACUUUCCAAGCAAAUAUUGAUAUAUGCCACCACCUCAAGUCUCCAUGACACCCUAUUGCCACCCCAUGACUAUUUAUUCAUUAUUUUUUUAUUCUAUUUCUCUAGAUCCACCCCUGCUUUAGUCAUAACGUGGUGUCCAUGAAACUGUCGCCUGCCAUGUAGCUGGUUUGGCUUCCUAACUUUGUCAGACUGAUAACCCUAACCGAGACACCCAGUGGACCACAGACUAAAGUUUCUCAAGAGUAAAUCAGCACAAACGUUUGAGUUUUGUAUUUUGUUUCUAUUUUCAUUUUAGUCAACAUAUGGUAGUCACCUCUCCGCGCACAUACCUGCGUUGUCUCGCACCACUUUGGUUGCAACCAUAAGCUUUCAGGGCAGGGGUAUUCCUGGUUGUGUAUGAUUUUAAAACAUACAUUUAAGCCGAAAAAUUAGCAUUGUAUGCUUAUGUGAUAUGAGUUUAAUAAGUAAUUAGAACAAUUUUCUAAAAUGUUAAGCAAACAAGCUUCAGUGAUUAAUUUUUAACAUUUGUGAAAGUCACAUCGACCCUUGCUUUGUGGUUUCGUCUUUUACCGGAAGAGUCCGUGUUUACAGCGCAGCUCUCGCUCCACGUUAGCAUCGUCGAUUUGCCGAGAAGUGUCUGAGGAUUUCUCUGGUGCUUUUCUAACUUAACAGUCUCAUCAGUUUGUAAAAUCACUCGGUUACUUUCGCGCCACAUCGCGAUUGGCAUGAUUGUUAGGAGGCGGAAGUGCUGCCGACAAGCAUAACAAUGACAAGCUGGCUAACGUAGCGCCGAUGUUAGCCAGCUAGGCGCCUAACAACACCAGCUAACUUCUCAGAUAGCAGCGGUACAUCCAACACAGUCGAACAGGUUCCAGUAUGUCAACUCCACCCUGCAGCAAGUGUUUCUAUUUGCGUGCUUAACGACUGUCAACCUCUUAUUGCCACAUCAUUACGUUUGGCGUUGCAUGUUUUACGUCCCCCACUGUCCCCCACUGUCCCCUCCAGGAACAAGCGCAACCAUGGGUGCGGAGAGCAGCGCGGUGCGGAGCUGUACCCUGGACGAGCCCCUCCUGACCAUGCCCUCCGGACUCACCAUGCAUUCGGCCAUGCUCCAGGAUGGGAAGCCUGCUUCAGUGUUUGUUCACAGGCGGGGGAAUGAAGACAAAGUCAACAAAGCUGCCAAGCACCUGAAGACCCUGAGGCACCCAUGUCUACUGCGCUUCCUGUCCUGCUCAGUGCAGGAUGGCGGCAUCCACCUGGUGACGGAGCGUGUGCAGCCCCUGGAGCUGCUGCUGGACAGCCUCUCCCCAGAGGAAAUCUGCGCAGGCAUCUAUGACCUCCUGCAGGCACUUGUCUUUCUGCACGAGAGGGGCAAAUCGAGCCACAACAACGUCUGCAUUUCAUCUGUGUUUGUCAGUGAAGAUGGUCAUUGGAAACUGGGAGGGAUGGAGACUGUCUGCAAGUUCUCUGAAGCAACACCUGAGUUUCUCUCAAGCAUUGAGAAUGUGAGAGAGGCCACCUAUGUUCCUCCAGAAGAGCAGGUUGAGGGCUUUAAAAUGCUUCCAGAGACAAAUGCUCACUCUCGGGACUGUUACUCUUUCGGAAUGAUGGUGGAGACUCUCAUCUCUCUCUUGAAUGGUUAUGUGUCACAGGAGCUGUCUGAUAGUCUGAAGAAGACCCUGCAGGCAGGCCUGCUGAACUCUGACCCCUUGUCUCGACCUCCACUCAGCUCCCUGCUGACUCAUGACUUUUUCAGGAAUGACUUUCUGGAAGUGAUGAAUUUUCUGAAGAGCCUGACCUUGAAGACAGAAGAAGAAAAGAAUGAAUUCUUCAAGUUUCUUCUAGACCGGGUCCAGAGUCUUCCUGAGGAGCUGAUAGCUACACGCCUUGUCCCCAAACUCCUCAACUCUCUCGUGUUUGCAGAACCCAUGGCUGUCAAAAGCUUCCUGCCUCAUCUUCUAAGUCCAAAGAACGAUUCCAGUGAAGAAUGCCUGCUGUCGGUGUCCCUUUACCGGAAACAUGUGAUUCCUCCACUUCUUAAGCUCUUCAAGGUCAACGAGGAACAUGUCCGGAUGGUGUUGCUGGCUCACAUCCACAUCUACGCUGAGUUCUUCUCCCACGAUGAACUCAAAAAUCAGAUCCUACCUCAGGUUUUGUUAGGAAUGAGAGAUACCAGUGAUUCUCUGGUUGCCAUGACACUGCAGAGUCUGGCUGUGUUGGUACCUUUGCUGGGGGCUAAAGUGGUUGUUGGUGGAGAGAGAUCCAAGGUCUUUAAACGCACCACACCCAACUUCACCAAGUCUACAGAGGUCACCCCGGAAACUUCGCCUGUCCAUAUAGUUGGAGGAUCUCACCCUCAGAUGGCCCAGCCUUCGAAAGUCUUGAAUUUGUUCCCCAGACCGGCAGGGACUGAAGGCCUGGUCCUGGGUGACUUGGGUAGCUUAGCCGGUUGUAGGAAGACUCCAAGCAGUUACCCCCUGGCUCCAAUAUCAGAUGUCAGUAGACAGAUGUCUCUAUCUUUGAACGGUUUUCGUCAAGAUCGUGAGAUGGAGCCACUGUCAUACAGCCCGGAGCAGGCUGACAGACUGGAAGGCCCAGUAGAAGACUGGCCUGACUGGAGCGACCCUGAAGAGAGCGAGAACAGAGAUGGACAGUCAGUCCAGAUCCGCAUUCAGGCCUCGGCGAGAGAAGAUCCAGUCAGCAGCAGACUGCCACUCUCACACCCGAACGUGGAACAGGAGCCGUGGGACGACUUUGAGGACACUGAACCUACCUCAGAUCUCUCCCCUACUGCUCCUUUAUCAGACCCAGCUAUACUGUCACUGCCCAGAGGGGGCACUGCUACACCUGUAAAACAUGCUCCUGAAGCACUGAGACAGGGUUUCUCUAAACCCCUCAAACUGACGUCGACACUGCGGCCAUCCACACAGAUUAAGACCACUUCCUCAUGGGACGAUGGCUGGGCUCAAGAAGAGAGAGACUCGGAGAAAACCCACAACCCAUUGAACCCCAAGCCCAAAACUACAGUGCCACAAAAUAAUGGUGGGAUAGGAGGUCUGGGUGAGGAGUUCACCAUUAAGGUGAAGAAAAAAGUAGAGCAAGACCCAGAGCUGGAUUUGUUUGCAGACAUGGUGCCGGACAUCAAACUGUCCUCUCCGGCUCUGCUGCCACUGGACGAGAGCAGUGUGAAUGAUGCUGGACUGUCCACAGCCUCUUCAGAAAACACAAAAUCUCUGCAGCUUGACUCAUCCAUCGAUAAUGUAAUGCUCACUGCCAAGUUCGCAGCUGCCAACCUGACUGAGACUGAAACAGAUGGCUGGGGAGAUGGAGAUGAUCUGAACUGGGAGGAUGAAAAUGCCUGGUGAUGACGUUUGAUCCAUCUGGAGCCAAAGACUCAACCACUGGAAAACUCAAAUGCUCAAGUUGCGCCAUCUCACAGCCUGUGACCUGAAAGUUACUCCAUUUCUGAUUUAACACUAUGAUGCAGUAAGGAACUGAUAAUGGGAUGAGACUUUUUAUAUCCUAUUCUGUUGGUUCCUAGACAUUUAAACUGGAAGCUUAUCAGAUGGUGCUGGACUUGGACAAAUGAAGCCAUUCUUAAUUGUUUGCCAAUUGAUGCUAGUCUCCUCGAGAUGAAUGAGGAUUUUAAUCAGAGGUGAAAGUCAUCCUGUUUUCAUCUGCUUCUUUAAUUUUUUUUUUGUUUUUUUUAAUGUGCCAACUUUACUAGUGGCAUGAAGAUCAAGAUACACUUUGGCAAGACACAUGUCCAAAAUGUGUUAGGUUUGAUUUACAGAACGCUUGCACUUUGAAUGAAUGUGAAAUAGAAAUUACAUAAUUUAUUAGUAGCUUUUUGGUUGCUGGUGAAGUAAAGAUUUUACUGUAUCAAAAAUGACCCUGUUCUGUUUUAUAAGACAUUUGUUAGACUUGCCUUUUAUAAAGUUAUUGCAGUUGUUUAGAGCUACUGACAGCAAGUACUUUACUUUUCAUAACAGAAACAGAAAAAUCCUCUAUCCAAUAUGGGUACUUAAUAAAACAAAUGUCUUACUGCACAAUAAAAACAAAUGAGCAAUGA